CAAGGCCGGCUCGCAUCCGGUCGCAGUCGGUACUCGGUUAGGUUAGGUGUAGUAGUAUUUAGUUGGGACUUAUGAUGAGUUAUCGUCUAUUUUGUCAUAUUUAUAUUCGCCGAAAAUAAAAUUAUCGAAUAUUGAUAUCAGCAUAUACACACAUAAAUAUAUUUUGGUGAGUAAUUAGAUUUAAUAAGAUGUGUGGCAUUUGGGGCACUUUCGGAGUAGACGGAAGCUUAACUCCCGCCUGUCACAAAUGCUUUUCAUGCAUUGAACACCGCGGCCCAGAUGCGUGGCGUAUAGAACAAGACGUCCGCGAACCACUCGCAAUACUGGGAUUCCGAAGGCUCGCCAUUGUCGACGGCUUGCAUGGCAUGCAGCCUAUGCGACUACAUCAAUAUCCACGCACUACUCUAGUUUGCAACGGUGAAAUAUACAACUUCAAACGUCUUCAAACACAAUAUGAAUUUCCCUAUGAAACCAAAUGCGAUGUCGAAGCUAUCAUUCACACCUAUCAUAAAUUUGGCAUGGAAGACACUGUUAAAAAACUUGAUGGCGUAUUCGCUUUUUGUUUAAUUGAUGGCGAAAAAAGAAAAAUAUAUUUAGCGCGAGAUCCAUAUGGUGUUCGACCUUUAUUCAAGCUUCAUGACGAAGUAAACGGUGUCAUGGCAAUUGCUUCAGAAGGUAAAGGUCUAAUGGGACUUAAAAUAAAAUCCAAUGAAACUACUACAUUGGGACAAUUCCCUCCUGGACAUUUCGAAGUGUGGAGUAUAUUGGAUAAUGGAAAAGUGAAGAAAGAUUACACUGAACAAUACUUUAAACCAGGUACACCACCAAGAUUUGAACCAUUUGUUGCUGAAUAUGUUUUGAAAAAUAUGGAUUUAAAAGAAAAGACUGCAUAUCUGUUAGAGGCAGCUUGUAGAAAAAGGUUAAUGGCAGAAAGAAGAAUAGGCUGUCUUCUAAGUGGUGGAUUAGAUUCUUCGCUAAUUACAGCAUUAGUAGUAAAACUUGCCAAAGAAGAAAAACUGCCUUACAAAAUUCAAACGUUUGCUAUUGGAAUGGAUGACUCGCCUGAUUUGGCCGCUGCUCGGACUGUGGCAGAAUAUCUCGGUACAGAACAUCAUGAAGUAAAAUUCACUGAAGAGGAUAUUAAAGAAGAAUUGGAUAAUGUCAUAUAUCAUUUGGAAUCUCAUGAUAUUACAACAAUACGUGCUAGUUUACCCAUGUAUCUUUUAUCAAAAUACAUAAAAAAGAAUACUGAAACUACAGUCGUCUUUAGUGGAGAAGGUGCUGAUGAGCUGGCCCAAGGAUAUAUUUAUUUUAGAGAUGCGCCAUCACCAAAAGCCGGCCACGAAGAAAGCAAACGACUACUUUCAGAUAUUUACUUAUAUGAUGGUUUGCGGGCAGACCGUACAACUAGUGCUUUCAGUUUAGAACUAAGAGUGCCAUUUUUAGACAUUCAGUUCACUCACCAUUAUCUCAGUAUAGACCCAACUCUACGUCAACCUCAAAACGGUAUAGAAAAAUAUUUAUUACGUAGUAGUUUUGACAAGAGUGGUCUAUUACCGGAUGCAAUUCUAUGGCGACAUAAAGAAGCGUUUAGUGACGGUGUUGCAUCUCUGAAAAAGUCUUUAUUCACAACUUUAUCAGAAAUAAUCUCUGAAAGGCUUCCAGAGGAAGACAUUAUCUAUAAAGGGGUACAGCCUACAACAAAAGAAGCUAAGUAUUAUCGCUACAUAUUCGAGGUAUCUUUUCCAGGACAACAUCAUUUCACGCCGUAUUAUUGGAUGCCUAAAUGGGUACAAGUUACGGAUCCCUCUGCUAGGUUUAUUAAACAUUAUGCUGCAUCAUCGUCCGUUAACAACUAAAACUUAUACUUCUACAACAUAUAAAUUGUUUUAUUACAAAGAUAUGGUUUAUAUAAAGUAAGCGAAAUAUUAAUGUCAAAAUACAAACAAUUUUAUCUAUGUAACAAUAAGUCUACAAUAAAUCUCUAACAAAAA